AUGGGUGCUUUCGAUACCACCGUUGGCGUUCUCCUCCUUGGUAUUCUCUUCAACACCUACCUCUACGGUUUGGUGACGUACCAGUUCCUGGUGUAUCGCAACACGAAGUUCAACGACGCACUUUGGAUCAAAUCCAUCGUUGGAAUUCUCUUCGUGGUUGAUACGAUUCACAGCGCCGUGGCUGUUUAUGCUGCUUGGCAAACUGGAGUCACCAACUAUGCCAACCCGGCAGCUUUGGGAUCGGUAGGAUGGACAAUCCCUUUCACAGCUGUCGCCACAUCCGUCGCUGCCAUCUUCACCCAAUUCUUCUUGGGCCAUCGCGUUCUUCUCCUGACCAAGAACUACACCAUUGUAGGCAUCAUUGGCCUGUUCAGUUUGACUGGAUUCAUAUUUGGUGUAUACGCCGGAGUCCGCUCUGGGAUCAUCGACAAAGUCGCAUACUUUGCUCCUCUCACUCCCUACGUCAUCUGCUGGCUCGGAUUCCAAACCGCCGCAGAUCUCACCAUAACCACUGUACUGACCUACGUACUCGCGCGCUCGCGCACGGGCUUCCGCAAGACCGACACCGUCGUCAACCGCCUCAUCCGCGGAGCGAUCCAAACAGGCCUUUUCGCCUCGCUCUUCGCACUCGCAGACCUGUUCAGCUUCGUGCUCCACCGCAACACGAACCUGUACGCCAUGUUCGCGUACCCCAUUGGACGUAUUUAUACCAACACUUUGUUGGAUACUCUUAACUCGCGUGCAGAGCUCAAGGCUGCGAGCGCGAAUGCGCAGAACACGUCGGAGAUUGGAAACGGGACUAGUGCGAACGCGUUCAGGCUGCAACAGCAGAGCCAGACUUUCGCGGCACAAACUGCAAGUUUUCUAUCUUUACUCUUGAAAAACCUAGAUGCUAACACAUCCGCACAGGUGGACGCUGACGCGAAAAUCGCGGUUGAAGUCUGA